GUAGUUGCAUGCAGCUGGGAUUUCAGAUGUGAUGACUUAUUCCUACAGAACUUUUCGCGAAAAAGCCGUUUUUCGCAUUUGCAAGUUCCGAAAUUGAGUCGAAAGCUCCGAAAAAGCUCGGUGAAAAGUCGCAAAAUCGGGGUAGGAAAUAAACGAUUUCCAUUGGCUGUGACGUCAGUUGGUAUACGAGGCCCCUCCCACCGCCAUCAUUGCUAUCUUGUCCGUGUGUUUACCGAGCCGAAUCGUGAUCUGUCGUGCUAUUUUAAGUGUUGAAAUUAUCUUUUUUCCUUGGAAAAUACUGUUGAAAAUCAUGCCGAAAGGUGUCCAGAACGGUUACCAAAAAGCCGAUGACCGGAAUUUACCGAAAGUUGACGCCGAAAUGCUUCAAGAUUUCUUCUCCUCGGACAUGUUCAUGAUACCUGGGGUCAAGAAUCGGAAGGCUGAAAGAGCAACCAAUGAAACCUACGCGGAUGUUGCCCUGGGUUACUGCUGCAUCAAAAGGGAAGGAGAAAUUUGUAUAGCGCGAGCUGAGAUGUCCCCUGAACAAAGUGUCAAUGGGAAAAAUUAUCACGUCUACUGCAAAAUCGAUGAAGAAAAAGAAUACAUUAUCGAAGCAAGGUGUGAAGAUUGCAUUGCAAGUGCUGGAGGAUGCAAACACAUAAUUGCCUUCGUCGCUUGGCUGCACAGGAAAAGCGCUGGUGAAUCAGUCACUUCGAAACCCUGUGUUUGGAAACGCCCCAAACUAUCCGCUGUAACCCAAGCAAACUUUGAGAUUUCCGAUUUGGUGCCGGAGCGGAAACCCGAGGUAGAGCCAACAGCAGAUCUUCUCAAGCAUUUCCGCAAUAGCUUCAUUGCUAAUCUGCAAGCAAGUGGUAGCCCGGCUACGAUAGUAAAGUAUUACUCAGAUGAUCAAAAGUUACCCCCUGUUUCAAUGCAUGAUCUAAUGCUAGGUUACAAGAAGACUGAGGCGAUCCACAAUGCCGACAGCUUCCUGAAGGAAUAUUGCCCGAAAAUGAUGACUGUGGAUUUAUGUAGGAAAGUAGAAGAAUGUACCAGGGAACAAGCGAGUGGGGAAGAUACAGCGUGGUUUAGGUAUCGAUAUGGCAGGAACACGGCCUCUCGGUUGUGGGAAAUUUCCAACUGCAACACCCCGGAUGGAUCAACAUCCAAGGCAAUUUUGGGUGCGGUGGGGAUCCCUGACACCGAAGCCAUGAAGCGAGGAAGAGAACUUGAGCCAAAAGUUGUGGCUGUUCUUGAAAGGAAAUUAGGCAGGAGAGCGAAGAAAAGUGGUCUAUGGCUGGAUUCCUCUCUCCCUGCAUUUGGCGCUUCUCCUGACAGCAUCAUAGAUGAGUAUGUUGUAGAAGUCAAGUGCCCUAGCACUGAAAAGACCUUUAAUACCUAUUUUAAUAAGGAUAAAACCCAACCCUCCAACAAAUGCAAUGCCCAAAUCCAUUUGCAAAUGGAGCUUGCCAAAAAGCCCAAAGGCAUUUUUUGCGUAGCCCACCCGGACUUUGCAACGUCCCAAGCAAUAACUAUCCUGUAUGUGACAAAAGAUGUAGCAUUCCUAAAUCCAGUAUUAGCUAGAAGUACAACGUUUUGGUCAACUAAUAUUUUCCCGGUGAUGUAUGCAUCAGUUUAAUUUCACAUACUCAGAUGUUCUUAUUUUACUAAACUUCACAAACUGAGCAUGUCUUCAUGCAAAUUCUGAUAAGUGUAAAAAUUUUGUAAUCAAAUACUUCAGUUGAACUGUGUGAUGCACCUAAUUAAUUGAAUAUUUGCUACUGUAUAUUUUCAAAAUUAAUUCCUGGGACUGUACAUAAAUAGCUUCUCAAUCUUAGUUUCUGACUGUAAUGUCCAUAAUAAUUUGCACAUACUUCCCUGCCGCAAAGGUUGCAUCUUCAGUCGUUUGUAAAUAGUGUAAAUUUGUUUCUUGUCUGUACAUAGUGUCAAUUUGUUUCUUGUCUGUACAUAGUGUAAAUUUGUACCCAUGUUUUUUGUCUUUUUACACAUAAGUUUUGUCAGCUUGAAAAUUCUUUUGUCUCUUGAUUCUUGUGAAACGAAUUUGACUUGAAUGCGAAUAUAUUAAGUAUUCAACCUCUACUGAUAA